AUGUCUUUGAGCACGAUAUCACACACUCAUUUGAACCAUGACGAUACUAAAUCGCUGUCGUUGUCAAGCCGAGAUGGCCAUGCCCAAGGUCGUAGCAUGGAUGUGACGGCGUCGACUCUGCACAGAGCCAGUCCUCUCGAUCUAGAUUUCGCUAAGAUUCGACCGCUCAUUAAAUCGGGAAUAUACCUUGAACCGAUUGACACAAAUGUUCGCACCUCGAGUGACAUUCAGGCCGUCUCUCCGACUUCACCGAAUGGUCCUUCAACGCUGAGAUUCUCGUCCAACGCUGGCAUCAUCGAGCACUACUCGCGGUCAUGGAAUACUCAAGAUAACCAAAACGAUCGAACAGAGCACGACUUCUCCGAGUUUGAGCAACUCAUCGGCCCAACAGCCGGCCAUGCUCCGCGGUGGCCAUUCAUCAAUGAUGAUAGCCUAAAUACACCAAUUUCUCCAGAUACAGAGCCUGUAUUCCUAGCCUCCCGUACUCAAACGACAAGGCCAAGGCCAAUAUACCAGAUCCACGAAGGUCUAGAAGAUCUCGCCAAUCUAUAUGUUCCGCCACUAGAUUCAGUACCCGAAACUGGGGAGGUAAAAACACAGCCUCCGCGAUCUCCUCCUACAUCCCGAAUCGGCCAUGGCAAGGUCAUGACAGCGGCCGAGUUCGAAGCUCUACAAAGGCGCAAGGUCCGAGAAGAAGCUGAAAGGCGCUUCUACGGCGGCGAAGAAGAGGACGACGAUAAAGUAGACUACGAUUGUAUUGACGAUACCGAGGCUGUGAACAGACAGAAAGCGCAGCGCAGGAAGCAGCAGGCGUAUCUCGAUGGUGGCUAUCGACAACAGAUGAUGAAGAGCACAAAUGGGCCUGAUCUCCCACCAUUGCGUGGUCACUCGCGCAUCUCUUCGUCGUGGUCCAUGAAGUCUUUCAAGACGUUUCAAGGAUUGCGAGAAGACAACACCCCAAAGCACGGCAAAGAAGAUGAAGAUGAGGAUGUACCUUUAGCCCUACUGCAGAUCCAGCGACGAUCAGGCAGUAAAGCUCCAUCCAUCAUCAACUUCGGUCAGACGAGGGGAGAAUCCAUCUCGCAGCUCCUACCUCUUGACAACAUGAGACAAAACUCACGAACACCAAUGCCCGCAUUUGCAAGGGGCCUUCCGCAAGAUAUAUUCGCAGCGGCACCCCAAACUGCCUGGCCCAUGAACAACCAGCAACUCAUCCCAGGUGGUUUGGUUGGCGUGAUAGCGAGCGAGGAGCGUGCCAAGAAGGCGCGCCGUGUGCCCCCAAGUACCGGCUUCCAGCCUCUACCCGACACCAACGAGGCUUUCAACUGGGGCCAGGCAACGACUCGGCCGGUCGGAAUAGCGCAUUCCUUUGGUCUGCCAGGGACGCAGACCCCAAUGGCCUUCUCCAGGCCUCAAACCCCAGUUGCCGUCCCUCAGCCGCCCCCACUUACUUCCAACCAAGAGAUGUUCAACUUCUUGCAGGCUCAGACUGAGGUUCUGAGAUCCAUGGCGACCAUGAACCAGAGAAGCAGUCAGCCUUGGAAUGCUUUCUCAUCUCAACAGUCAGUCAUGAACGUGGGGCCACCCGCUGCCGGGUCGGCGUAUGCGCCGUCCCUUUAUGCCCCUUCGAACUAUGCAAAGUCGAAUUACGCACCGUCAACUUACGCAAGAUCUGUUUAUCAACAGCCCGGGGAAUAUGCAGCCUCAGUGGCCCCAUCAGAACGCAACACGGCCAGUGUCCAAAGCUGUGAACCAAACACUUUCGAUAAAAGCGAGCAAGAACGACGAGACGAUCUCUCUCAGUAG